AUGGCCCCAGCUCUGUACAUUGACCUGACGAACGACGAUGACGACGACGGCCCCCCGAUAGUGCGACCCACGGUACCUGCGAAGCGACCAGCCAACACGUCGAGCUUUGCAGCGCCAGCGGCGCAACGCAUUAAGACAAGCUCACAGUCGACUCUCCCGCGCGUCAACCGGUUUACACGACCCAAGGCACCCAAGAGAGCUUCGUUGAGGGACUGCCUCGAACAACAGAUCGUGCCCUUUGUGGUUCUCAAGAUCCACAAGAUCGAGCUGUCCGAAGGUGACAAGGAUGAGUUAGCAGAGAGCGUCAUCACUGGCGUCGCACGGCUGCCUCAUUUCCGCAAGAGGCUCGACGAGACUGGCGGCAAGCUCUCGCCCAAAGAUGUUCUCGAUUUCCAGGCCGAAAUCAACGGGUUACUUACGCAGAAACUAAGACAAUAUCCUCUCCGUCAAGCCAGAAGCUUGCCGCAAUGGCCACGGCGGCCGGCAGACCCCGAUACCAGCAGUGAGGACAGUCUGCAGCCUUCAGGUUCCGAACCGCCCAUUGAGCAGCCGCCACGGCAUAUCCCACCUCGAACGAGAUUACGAUGGCCCGGUCUCGAUCCGCUAGAGCUGCCCCCGCGUCGUGUGCGGAAGGAAACCCAGCCGUUUCAACCACUCGUGAGGCCGCCGAGGCUACCGCAGUCUGUGUCUCAUCCACUGGCUUGGGGGCUACGCAAGCGACCUUAUCGCUCAGCACGCGAGAGGGAGGACAUAAGGCGAGGACUACGCUUGCGUGAACGAAACUUGAUCGGGCUGAAUUUGAAUGAGCCGUAUAUAUACCACGUGGACUUCUCAGCCGACGAGAUUGCGGAACUGGUGAAGAUAUUCAACAGAAGGCUUAGAGGCUCAAACGUUAGAUCAGGAUCGAGGGGGGUCCAGCCGACGCUGGAAGGACUCGUCGGCUUGAUCCAAGGCGCCGAGGACACGGUCAGCAUACCGACCUUCAUCGGCAACGGUCUAAAAGGACGAGGCAUUGACGACAUACAUAAUUUCUGUGCCGACCUGAAGAGGAAUGACGUCCCAUCGCAACCACCGCGAGUGUUAUCCUUGAGUCAACAUGGACCUGAGCAUCCACAGGACAUGGCGUGCGCGCGGCAGUCCUCGCUUCUGCUAGCUCGCGAGUUGGAGGGCUAUCGUGGCUUCAGUCGUAUGCGUGCACAUAUUAACCUAAAGAAAGAGUUUGAGCUGGCCGCCGAAGAUGGCCUCGAUCUCAUCUCCGAGUACACGAACUGCGCCGGCGACGUGAUGACUAUCUCAUGGACGUUGGAGCAUAGCCUACUGUGUGGCACCACAACCCAUUCUGAUAGUCACAACCAGCAAUAUAACAAGCAGGGCAAUCUGCUGCUGUGUUCGACUCAGCAAGGCACGUUGCAAGCGUACCCGGAGCACCGCAUUCCCCGGCCAGCAGGGAACAAAGAGAACAAUACCGAAGCUAUGCGCCAAAGUCAAGAUCCUUGGGUGUACCCGUCCGUGGCGUCGUCAGAUUACGACCCGAUCGGCAACCUGCUGUACACCUCGAGCUAUGACCACACUGUCAAGGUCUGGAAGGUGCAUCACACGUGGGUCGAACAGGAGCAGGACGUAGACAACGAGGCGAGUGGACAUUGGGAGUCGAGAAUGGAGCAUCUCGCGACUUGGCAGCAUCAAGGCAACGUCAACUUUGUCGUCGCCGCAAAGGACGGUUCAGGCCGCGUGGCUUCUGCGGCAGACGUCCCCACGGAAGCUGUGCGCAUAUACACAAUCAACGAGAACGACCUGGCCAACAGCCCCUACCAGAGUCUGUCGUGUACCCGUACCGACGCCAACGACACAGAAAAGUGGGCAUACUAUCCUGCCACAAUGCAGUGGGGCAAGAGCCCCUACACGCAACAUUUGCUAGCAGUCGGAUACUCGCCGCGAAGUCCAGUCGGCGAGGAUCUUGAUAUUCCAGAGGACAAGCGCGACUCGGGCGAGGUCACGAUUUGGGAUGCCAAUCAGCAUCGGAGGGUGAACAUUACAAACGCCACGACGGCCAACGUCUUUGAGAUCGUCUGGCAUCCCGAUUUACCCCAGUUCGUCUGCGCCACAUCUCCAUGUGGGUUGAACGUUAGGACAGGAGUCAAGACUCAGCUCCACAUCUUUCAGAACGACAAGGCCCUCGAGCUUACGUUCUGCGAGUUCGUGUCACUGGACUGUCCUGCUGCGGACAUCAACGAGGUGACGUUCCAGCCCAAUUCGCGCAAACACGCCUAUGUCACUGCGGCGUGCACGAACAGAAAAGUAUACGUUUGGGACACAGCGCACCCUGAUACCAUCCAGCACGUGCUGUACCACGGGCUCUCCAAGGAGUUCUUCGAGGAAGAUCCCCGUGAUACUGGGGUCAAGUUCACAGCCUGGGGCAGUCUUGACCGUCUGUACACGGGAUCGAGCGACGGGGUUGUCAAGGUGUGGAACGUUCGGGACUCAAACCCUUUUGUUAGGAAACUCCUCGAGACAGCCGCCCCCGUCUCCUGUGGCGCCUUUUCACCCGAUAAGCAGAAGCUCGCUAUAGGAGACGCUACCGGACGAUUAUGGCUCUACUCAACGGAUAGACGCGACGAGGUGGAAAGGCACUAUACGACCAUCGGUGGAAGAAAUAUUCGCAGGCCCAUGCCGUUCAGGCCGCACGCCGAGCCUCCGCCUCCAGAGCCCACUCCGGGCACAGAGAGCCCGGGUUCGAUGGACAUUGACACGCCAAGUGUGGAAGAGACCUCAGAGGGCCUAGGAGAGGGCCAGCUCAGAGGCCAGGCCCUGCUGAAGGCGCGACAAAUUGCGAAUACGGGUAAUCCGGUCAUCGGCUGCGUCCAGGGACCAGCGUACGAAACCACGGGUUAUUUCAAGAAGGAAGCCCACCUAGACGGGGAUUGCACGAAGCCCUUGCUCCCAGAGAUCCAGCGUCAGCAGCAGCUGGACAAGAUGGACCGUCCCAGCUCCCGAAACCGCAGCCUCCUGCGUCUCAGUGGCAUGCCGCCCCCCGAGAGCCCGGCCGCCGCUCGCCGCCACGAGCAGAAUCAGAAGAAGGACCUGGACGAAGACAGCCUCGAGAUUUCACUCCGGGUGGAAUUGGCAAAGCUCAAGGUCUCGUUUGUAGAAGACUACGAUGACCUGCCGUAUGAAAGUGCAUCAGAGGAGUCUUAG